CCUACCUCAGCCAGAUAACACCGGCAGCUUGAACAUCGGCGGCGCAACUUCUAUCACUGCAGGUUCGGUAAGUAUAGCAGAUGCGAUUGCUAAGGCGCGAGGAAUCGCUGCGGAGAAGGGCAUUACAUAUAAACCUACGCCAGGUGAGUCGUUGUCAACUUAUCCUUUUAUCGUUGAAAGAAUAUAGCUAACAGCCUUGUGCAGCACAGAUUCGAGACGCCGGUCGACCGUCUCAUCGGCGUUCUCGGUCACCAUCCAGGACACCUCCGCGUAAUUCCACUGCUCGAGAUGUGUUUAGAGAUGGAUACAAUCCCUAUCGAGACGAACGUCGAGGUGCAGAUAGGCGCGGUGCUGGUGAUCGUGGAUAUGGGCGAGAAAGGUCAUCCUCCCCUAGACCUGGCGCAUAUUCGCCUCCUUCAAACAGACAUUACAGAGCUGGUGGUGAUAGGUCACCUCCUCCACGGAACCGAGGGCCGGGGUCGGAAGAGAACAACGAGACUAUUGAAAUAGACAACAAGCACGUUGGAUUGAUAAUCGGACGUCAGGGAGAGAACCUUCGACGGAUCGAAAACGAAACAGGCGCUCGUGUUCAGUUCCUUGACAGCGCAGAACAUAAUAAGACCAUUCGGCUCUGCAGAUUAUCUGGUCCCAAGUCAAUAAGAGACAAAGCCAAGGCGGAGAUAGACCGUAUCGUCAGCGAAAAUAAUCAGGCUCGAAACGACGGUCGACCGAUCGGCCAAGAUGGAAGGCCUGGGGACGCGGACGGCUCUGAUACCACGAAGAUUAUGGUUCCUGAUCGGACUGUUGGUCUUGUCAUCGGACGUUCAGGUGAGACUGUUAGAGACCUUGCUGAGCGGAGUGGAUGUCGCAUCAAUAUUGCUCGUGAUGGAGAGAGCAUCAACGGCCUACGGCCGGUUACCUUGACAGGUUCCCAGCAAGCGAUACAGCGCGCCAAAGAACUGAUAUUGGGCAUUGUAGAAAGUGACACAAGAACAAGCGGGAAUCAAGGGCAGCGGGAACCCAGAGGACAAGGCUUGGGUGGUGAAAAUGGUGGCGGAGGUGAGAAGCUGAAUGAGAAGAUGUUUAUCCCUAAGGAAUAUGUUGGCAUGGUUAUUGGUAAAGGAGGAGAAACGAUAAGAGAACUACAAACCUUAAGUGGCUGUAAAAUCAACAUAUUGCCACUUGUUGCGCGAGAACCUGAGAGAGAAGUCACUUUCUAUGGUGUCCAGACUGCAAUCGAUGCUGCAAAAAAAGCGGUACUUGCCAAGGUCGAAGCUGCGAAAAACCGCGCGCAAGGACCUAGACGUGAUGAUUCCUACAGCCAGCAAUCCCAGUACCAACAGCAGCAGCAACCAUAUUCUCAAGACUCCAACUCCCAGCAGCAACCUCAACAGCAGCAGCAGGGUUUGCAAGCUGGUGUAGGUGACGGAACAGACCCGUACGCCAUGUAUGGAGGCUACGAGAACUACAUGGCUAUGUGGUAUGCUGCUUUGGCUCAGCAGCAACAGCAGCAACAGCAACAGCAACAGCAACAACAAUACCCGCAGUACCAAGGUGGAGGAGCGCCGCCUCAAUCCGGCUCAGACCAGCAAGGGCCUCCUGGAGUAUCUUAGCCUACUGUUUGUCCUAAAGGCAAGAAAGAAGGCCAUAUUUAUGCCAUUUCAAUUUAUAUGUUACCCGUUACGGAAUUGUUGAUUGUUUUUCUCCCUUGAUGAAAAAGCGUGCUAAAUGGUUGGUUCAACUAUAGUUCUAAGCAUGUUUACUUUUGCCAUCUAUAUGAUGUGUACGCAGUACAUGAUAUGACAUUGCCAUAUACCUCUUGCUGUAAUGCUACCUACUCUAAUUACUACAAUAUGAUUCUCUGCCCCCCUGAUCUGGUAUUACCCCUCUCACUGGCACAGGUACAGAUAACCUUGAAGUCAAGAGUACUACGACUUCCUCUACUUGAGCUUCUCUUGCAAUGCAAACGUAUGGACGAAUAAAAGAUAGUUAAGCAAAGCUAUUUUAUUUUUUACUUUUUAGAUCGUCCAGCACCCACAUACGUAGCUACAAGCAAUCAACUCAAAAUGAAAUGCAGUUAGAAAACAAAAGGAAGUGAGGAAAUAAAAGAUACUGGAAACAAGUGAAAGGUAAAGAGAAGGAGAAGACAAGCGAAUAACACAAGGCGAGCAGGUAAUGUAUAGGAAACAGGAUAAGGGUCCUCCACCAGCCACCAAGGAUGCCCUCAGCUCUUGAAUAAUCUCCCAUCUCUAGGCCCGUACGUAUGUAUUAAGUGGACGGGGAAGAAGGUUAGGGAAUGUAAGCCCUAAGAUUCCUUCAGGUGUUUCCAAGGGAGAAAAGCCUUAUUGGCCUAAGGGCAAGUGCAGUAUCUCCCAGAUCAGUCGUACCAUACCAUAAGGCUUAUUUUUUCCCGCUUGGAGUAUUGGGGCGCGAGUUGAUGAUCUGUAAAGACUUAUUAGUAAAACUUGUUUUCCUUGACUAAACCUGUGAGUAGAAUAUUUUAACGUACCUUUUCCACAAACAAGCUGCGCUUGUUCUUCUUUUUGGCCAUCUUCUGGCGAAUAAUUGCUCUUUCUUCUUUUGUAAACACCGUAGCGGCCUUGUUGUUGUCCGCCAUCAAUGUUGGCAGUAAGGAGGUAUGAACGGGCAGGUUAAUGGAUGUGGCCCCUCUUACAACUACCGCGCGAAGGCGGUCCGACGAUGGGUGGGUUUUAGUAUGGCCGGUCGCGUCCCAAUUCUCCUCCCAGAUUACAUUGGCCAUAAAGCCCAGAGUGAAUGCAAUCCAGUGCUUCGCAGCGUCGGGAUUGUCGACCCCACGAGGACGACGGAACUCCAUGGUUCCACUGUCUGUCAGGUUCUGGAAGUUCCAGGAUACAUUCCUGUCCGGGCACACUGCUGUCACAAUUGUAGCGACGAACUUGUGAUCUUUGAACUCGUCGAAAAUGGGACUCCAUCCUCCCUGAGAGACGUUUUUGAUUUUUGUCACGCAGCCGGGGAUAGUAUCUGCAUUAGGUUGGGCCCA